AUGGAUCCCUACGUCGGGUGGUAUCAGCCCGAGCAGGAAGGACCCGCGAAGCGAUUGUGGCUUCGUAUUUGGGAAACCCAAAGUGAAACAGACAAAAUGAACCUCAAAAAUUUAGAAAACUCUAAUCCAAAUGUGAAUAAAGCCCAAGACUUAGUACAAAUUAAUGAAGUGAAUGGUGAAAUUAGGAAUAAUAAUUAUUUUAAUCCUACGCGAAGGAAAGCGAACGAUAACCGCGCAUCUACGUUUAACCUGAAUCAGAACCACGAUGCUCUAAUAGGCGAAUACGGAGGGUGCCCUUGGCGGAUACCCAACUACACCUAUAAGCCCGGGAUACUCGGGUAA